AUGAUUGAGUGGAAACGAUUUAAAAUUUUACAUUUUCUGAGUUAUUUAGGACUGCUCGUGCUGGUGGUUGUCUGUGCGGCGCAACAGAAUCGGCCCCAGGUCACAGACACAGCUUUGGAUGAAGCACUCAAUGACAAGCGAUUCAUACAGAGACAGCUCAAGUGUGCACUCGGCGAGGCACCCUGCGACCCUAUCGGAAAACGUUUGAAAACUCUGGCACCGCUCGUUUUGCGCGGGGCUUGUCCUCAAUGCUCACCACAAGAAACGAAACAGAUUCAAAAGACACUUUCGUACGUGCAGAGAAACUUCCCGCAGCAUUGGGCUAAGCUUGUCCGCCAAUAUGCCGGCUAA